AUGAGUUUGCACCUGCCGGCUAGGCGGGUAGCCACCACCACUGCUCGGGCAGCAGUUACAGUCGCCGGAAAACCCUCCCUACCUCUCCAAUACCUCCAACCCCGAACCCAACGCCGAAAUGCCUGGUUCGGCUGGAACCGCAAGAAGGACACCAUGUCCGCGCACACCCCGCUAGCCAAGGAGCUGACCCGGCGCGACCGCGAGCAGAUAAUGGCGAAGCGGAACAUGGACCGCACGCAGGGCGCCUCAAUCUUCGACGAGGAGAUCAAGGACCCGGGGCGGGAGAAGAAGAAGGCCGAGAUGGUGGCGCUGGGCAAAGAAGCCGCGGAGGAGGGGGAGGAGGAUGAGGAGGCCGUGUUCGAGGACAGCCGCGGCCACGUGCCCUCGGCGGGGACCAAGGUGAAGGAGCACAUGGAGCGCGCCGACGACCCGGACCCGCGCUGGCGCGUGCGCUUCCUGCGCAAGAAGGUGAUGCAGAUGGUGCGCAACCAGGACAAGCCCCUCACGCGCGCCGAGCGCAUCCGGCUCACCGAGAAGGACCUCCGCAGCGUGAGCCCGACGCUGCCGACCAGCACCAAGAAGCUCAUGUUCCUCUCGCACCAGAUCGUCGGCAAGACCGUCGACGACGCCAUCACCCAGAUGCAGUUCAGCAAGAAGAAGAUAGCCCGCGAGGUCAAGUGGCAGCUCGAGGAGGCCAGGGACACCGCCAUCGCCGCGCGCGGCAUGGGCCUGGGAAGCGGUAGGGGUGCUGCAGCAAAAGCGGCGGCGGGGGGAGCAGAGAAGAAGAAGAGGAUGAUCCAGACCAAGGACGGCAGGUGGAUAGAAGUCCAGGACCCGACGACCCUGUACGUGGACGAGUCGUGGGUAACCAAGGGCCCCUUCAGAGGAAUGCGGAUCCAGUACCAUGCUCGAAGUCGCAUGUCUCGAAUGUGGAAGCCCACUGCUUCCAUCUCCCUCGUCCUAAAGGAGGAAAAGACCAGGAUACGACUACACGAGGAGAGGUUAGCCAAGGAAGCCGAGAAGAAGCCCUGGGUCCAUCUACCGAACCGGCCCGUGACGGCACAGCGACCGUACUACAGUUGGUGA